AUGGGGAAAAAGCUGAGCGAAGAAGUCGCUGUCGACAGCGACGACUCCAUGGAGGACGUCUCCGACACAAAACCUAAUGCUGCUGCAGAAGAUUCUUCAUCAGAAAGCAACUCGCGUCAGGCAGACACGGCGAGUUCAGACUCGGAGAGCAGCGAGUCUGAAGCUGAAGCAGAGACGAAUGUCAAGUCAAGUCAAAAUAAAACUACGAAACGACCUGCAGCAUUCAGACCCCCGCCCGGAUUCAUAACUGCGAAGUCAAAAUCCCGAUCAAAAUCAUCAUCAUCAUCAUCAUCAUCAUCCGCGCUGUCCAACCUCGACGGAAAACAAAUCUUCCACAUUGCCGCCCCAUCCUUUUUGCCGCUGUCCCAGAUUCGCGAAGUUGCCCUCGACAAGGCCCUACUCGGCGAGCCCGUUCUCAACCACAAGGGCGUCGACUAUGGCCUUCCGGCAGAUGGACCACAGACAACAGCAGAUUUGCAGACGCUAUUGAUAUACGACGAAAACAAAGGUAGCUACGUCAAGAAGGAGGUGCAGAAUAUACAAAGCUACACUGUGCAAGAGCUGGUGCGCCUGCCAAACUACAAUGCGGUUCAGCCACUCACCGAAAAACCGGCACGGCCGCAGCCAAAGCAUCUCAAGAUGCGUUUCCACCCGGUGGGCAGUGGGGGUUUAGGAGCUGAGACAAUCGGGUCCAGCUCCGAGUCGGAAGCAGAUAAUGAGAAUGAAUCUACGUUUCGAGUGCCCCGGCAGGAGCAAAAAAGAAAAACAGACAAUCAGGACCAGGGCGAGAAAAAGAAGAAGAAAAAGGACAAGCACGCAUCUUCACAAGAGGUUGUCAUUAGAGGUCGACAGGAUGGCGAGAGCGAGAAAAAGGCAUCCAAGCAGCGAGAUGAGACAAGCCAAGAACGGAGGGCUCGAAAGGAGAAAAAGAAGCGCAGGGCUGAGAAGUGA